UUUUGAUCGCAGCACACUUGAGGCAGCAGCGAUGGCAGGCACGACUGCUUUGCCACUUCAACAACUCAUCGCUUCAUUGGACAACUCUUGUCUGCCAAAAAUUCUACAAGUUUGCUCUGGAGUGUAUUUCCAAGGGUCUAUAUAUGAAAUUUCUGGGAGUGAAGUGUGCUUUUCUACUGGGGAUCUGAUAAAGGUCAUCAGCAUUGAGCUCCUAUCAGUUUGCUGUGAGGACAUCAGCAACAAUGAGAAGUUUGAGCUACCUAUCAGCCACACAGGUUUGUUCAAGGUUGUUCCGGAGGACAUGCCGUACAGUACAAUCGAGGAGAUGAUGAGCCUGAGGCCUGUGGGCCUGGAAUCCUGCCUUCCCUUCACUUUCACCAGCCGCUCCAAGAUAACCAUUGGCAAUUUCACACUGGGGGCCGGUAGAGCUUUGACUGUGCUCUCUAUCGAGCAGCACGAGGGGGAAGAGGAUCAGUUGCGCUGCCAUAUUCAAGGACAACAGGAAGCCUCUGCAGAAGUGUCUAUCCCAUUCUCCUUGCAAGGAGAGUUCAGAGAGUGUGAAAGCGAGGAGCGCUUCACUCUGCGGGAGAUCAUGUCCUCGCCCUGCCUAUGCAGUCGAAGGUUUCGCUUCAUCAACACCACAAAGUGUGAUCGGCCCCUUGUCCUCAGUCCAAUAUACCAGGUCCACGCCAUCAUGAACUUGAGGAAGAACGUGUUGAAGUUUCCCUCCAGCUUAGAGGUGGAUGUGGUCGAUGUCACCGAUGUGUGCAAGGAUGCGAGUUUCGUGACCCCGCUCAGUCUGACAGAGGUCCACUCCCAGCCAGAUGAAUCCUUCCCUGUUGUAGUGGAGGUACUGGAAGGCCCAGAGACCCGCUCUCUGUUCAAGGGCAGCUGGCUGCCAGAACUUAGCAAGAGCAGCCACCUGAUUUUCCACAAGACAGGAACCUCAGCCAUGAUUUUAUUAUCCAGCAUGAAGAGCCGAAAGGCGCAGCAGUACUUCCUGGUAUCUCAGCAGUAUGGUGGAAGAUUUCGGAGGCGGCCAAGAGAGUUUAAUUCGGUGUAUGAGCUGUAUGUUGCUUCGAUCCAGGCACCGGGUCUGAAGGUCAGCGUAACAAAGAACUGUGAGGAAGACGAGGAGGAGGGCCUGCCUGGCCUCAGUGUGGGGGAACAGCUGGAGGUUAUUCGCUGCGAAACAAUGGUAUUGCCUUGUGGAGGCAGCAAGAGAGAGACGCAGUCCGUCGAGGCUCUCUUGUGUCAGCGUCUCCAAGAGCCAGAUGAUGGGGAUGAUGAUGAUGAGGAGGAGGAAGUCAAGCAGGAGGAUGAGAGAGAUAAGGUUCCUCUGCCUCUGUACAUGCAGGGUCACUUUGUGGAGGUACUGGGUGAUAACAAGAAGUACAAACUCAGAGACUUGGGUAAGGAGUUCACUUUGCCCCUGGAUGUUAAAGUGGUGAGCCGGGACACUGAACUAGAGACUGAUCCACUAGUUGGAUUUGCGUGUCUCAGAAUAGAGGGAGCAAUGUUAGAGCCCACCAUCCAGGUGAGCUUUCCACACAGGCCAGACCACUGUUUCGAGAUCCCAACCCAGUGGCUCUCGAUGUCUGUCUAUUUUACCAAGGACCCCCUGCCAUGGCCAUGCGGUCAACCACCCAAAUGCCGCGUGGACAGGGUUACAGAGGUGACGGACACGUUCUUUUAUGAAUUUCGCAAACAGGGGAACUCAAAUGCAGCUCCUCCACCUCGACCACCAAAGCGAAAUCUGUCAACUUCGACGUCAACAAAAAAAUCAUCAAAAUCCUCGAAGAAAUCAUCCAAAGCAGAAAAGUCCAAACAUGGACAAGGCAAAGGCAUCCCAACCAAGGAGCUGGCUAAUUUGACUUUAAAUAGCAAAAGACGGCCCCCAGCCCCCCCACCUCCAGGUAUCUUUGAUGAGCAGCCUCCACCAGUCGUACCCCGAAAGCAGUCAGUUGAAAUGACAACAGGCAAAGCUCUGCCAAACACUUAUGUUGAAAGGCAGGAGCCGAAGACAAAAGUGAAUCAGGAGAGAGAGUGUCACGUCGCAGCAGAUGUGGACAGCGACCAUGACUAUGAGACUGUGGAUGACAGUUUCGUAACGAUGAUGAAGACAGCGCAAGAGAAUGUAAUGUAUUACUGAAGUUUAUGUUCGACCGCAACAGCAAAAUAUCACAAACGUGUGGUGGGAACGGAAUUUAAAGUAUACUGUGCAGGAUUUUCUGUUCCUGUUUAACAUCCUCGCCAGCAAGUGAAAGUUAAAGCCAACUCUUUAUUCACUUUGGCUUUUUCUUUUUGGUACUGUGUGUGGAUGCUAGCUGCUUCCAGACUGGCGCCUAGUUGCUACCUUUUUAUAUGCUAAAGCCCCGACCUCACCUGAGUGCUGUGGGGGUACACACCCAUAAAUGUCCCAACCAUUGAAAAUUAAAAAAAAAAAAAACAGGAAGAGGGUAGGGUGUUUGCAGAAAAUACAAAACCACAAACUUCUGCUGAGUCAUACAUGAUGAUUGAGAGGGAUUAUUUCUGAAUCUAAUCAGUUUUUUUUUUAGGAAAAUCCUGCAGAGCAUAUCUUUAAGAGUGAUGAAAGAAAAUGUCAUAUUGCGGUUUUUAACCUCUCCUGUCUUAAAUACAAUGUACCAAGGCGUUCUUAUAUUGUGAGGCUUUACAGUCGGACCAAGCAACCUUGAAACUUAACUGGUUUAACUUAUAUAUUCAGCUAUAACCUCCUGAUAGCAUCCUGCAUCUGUGAGGACCAUUGAGACAAUUUGAAAGAUUUAUAGAGUGUUUGGUUACUCUUGUUUUCAGUGUGCACACAAAGUGCACGUAUGGCAAAACGACUGGCCCUCCUUCAGUUGUGUGGACAAUUUAUUUAGCAAGGGUUUGCCCACA